CUGCUGACAGAGGCAAUGGAUAGAACUAAUCACUCUGCGGUGUCUGAGUUUGUAUUCCUGGGACUUUCCAAUUCAUGGGAGAUCCAAAUUCUUCUCUUCUUUUUUUCAUCUGUUUUCUAUGUGGCAAGUCUAAUUGGAAACCUCCUCAUUGUGCUAACUGUGACCUCCAGCCCUAGUUUACAGUCUCCCAUGUACUUCCUGCUGACCAACCUUUCCAUCAUUGACCUGAUAUUUUGCUCUUGUACAACUCCCAAAAUGAUUUAUGACCUUUUCAGAAAACACAAAGCCAUCUCCUUCGGGGGUUGUAUAACUCAGGUCUUCUUUAUUCAUGCUAUUGGGGGAGCAGAAAUGGUGCUGCUCAUAGCCAUGGCAUUUGACAGAUAUGUGGCCAUCUGUAAGCCCCUCCACUACCUCACCAUCAUGAGCCCACGGAUGUGCAUUUUGAUUUUAGUUGCUUCUUGGAUCAUUGGCCUUAUUAAUUCAGUGACCCAGUUGGCUUUUGUUGUAGACCUGCCUUUCUGUGGCCCUAAUGAACUAGACAGCUUUUUCUGUGACCUUCCUCGAUUUAUCAAACUUGCUUGCAUCGAGACCUACACUUUGGGAUUCAUGGUUACUGCCAAUAGUGGGUUUAUCUCUGUGGCCUUUUUUUUAAUUCUGAUCAUCUCUUACAUCUUUAUAUUGAUCACUGUUCAGAAAAAAUCUUCAGGUGGUAUAUCCAAGGCUCUCUCCACCCUGUCAGCUCAUGUCACUGUGGUGCUUUUAUUCUUUGGGCCAUUAAUAUUCUUUUACACAUGGCCCUUUCCCACAUCACAUCUGGAUAAAUUCCUUGCCAUCUUUGAUACCAUUGUCACUCCUUUUCUAAAUUCAGUCAUCUACACUUUCAGGAAUAAAGAGAUGAAGGUGGCCAUGAGGAGAUUAUGCACUCAUAUUGUAAAUUACAAUAACAUCUCUUAA